AACGUUGUUGAUGAAUAUUCAAUUGUACGAAUCCGAAUAUCGGUUACCUACCAAGGCUGUACACUCAUUCAUCAUAAAUCGAACGCAAAUGAAAGGUUACAUCUUCCUUGUUAUUUAUUGUUCCUUUUUAGGGACAGCGAAUCUAGUAGAAAAUCCUCCAGGGUUCCGUCUUUCAAAUGAUUUGGUCGCAAACACCUAUAACAUUAAAAUUCAACCAGAUAUCUCAAAUGGGACCUUUUAUGGUGAAGUCCACAUAUACGUGGAGUUGCAAAAACCGCUGAAAUAUAUAUCGCUCAACAUGAAAGAUUUGAAGGUGGAAAGCUUGGUUUUAGACACCUGUAUGGACCAGACAAAAUACGUACUAGAGGAAAAUAAUGAACAAAUACAUAUCUAUUAUGCCGAUAUGUCCUAUAUAGAUCCAGGAGAGCAUACAAUUCAUAUGAGGUACACUGGAGUCUUGGGAUCCGUUAGUAUUGGGUUUUUCAAGAGCACCAUUAUAUCCGAGGGAAAAAAAUUUUUGUCUGCAGCAACAAUGUUUGCUGCUCCUUACGCCAGGACAGUAUUUCCCUGCCUUGAUGAACCUGCCUUCAAAUCGAGAUUCAAUAUACGUCUUGUUAAACCAGAUAACAGCUUUACUGCCCUUUCUAAUAUGGAGGCAAUCGGUUCUUAUGAGUUGGAGAAUGGUAUAGCUGUUGAUUUCCAGACCACGCCUCCAAUUUCACCUUAUAUAGUAUGUUUCGUGUUCACCCAAUACAAUUAUAAAUCUGCUGAAUUCAAAAGCAAAGAUGGAAGAGUGAUACCUCUAAGGUUUUUCCUGUUGGAUGAGUAUUUAGACCAAGCACCAAAAUUGCUUGAUAUAGCUAAACACGCUUUGCAGUUCUUCGAAGACUACACCAAUUUAACAUAUCCUACUUCAAAAUUAGAUUUUAUAGAAGUACACCAUUUCAUCUUCGAAGGUAUGGAAAACAUAGGAUUGGUGGUCUUGACUCACAAUGCAGUUUCUUACAACGCUUCAUCACAUCAUUCGAAAUUUGAACAUUUCAUAAAUGCUGCGCAGCUGGUGGUGCAUGAAAUAGCUCACAUGUGGUUUGGCAAUAUAGUUACUCCAAAAUGGUAUAACGAUUUGUGGUUAGCUGAAGGCUUUGCAGAGUGCAUGCAGAUAAAGGCACUUGAUCAGUAUCCUGGAUGGCAACUGGAUGGAAUAGAAGCAAUGCUUACGAGCGAAACGAUCUUCUAUAACGACACAAGGCCCAUUGUAAAAUUCACAGUAAACAAUGAUGAAGUGGAUGACCAAUUUGGAGAUAUCACAUACACCAAAGGUUGUGCAGUCGUCAGAAUGCUGGAGAUGGUCAUGGGUAAAGAACAAUUCAAAAAUGGCAUUAGACGUUUCCAGAAACAUUUCUACAUGAGUUCAGCAACAACAGGAGAUUUCACCAACAUAAUGCAAUCUCUGAUACCCAAACUCAACAUUAGAGGCUUCCUAGAAAGCUGGUUGUAUCAAGACGGCUUUCCAGUUUUGACAGUGUCCAAAGAUAACGUCACUAAUGGUUACAUCUUGCAUCAAAGGAGCAUAGACAUGAAGUCGAAUACAACUACUAAUUCAAUUUUUGGCAAAAAGUGGACAAUUCCAGUAACUUUUACUAGCAGCUGUAACAAAAGUAUGAAAUUAAUUUGGUACGAUAGAGAUGCUGAUAAAUUAAAAGUAUCCAGUUGUGAUGGAAACUGGAUAAAAUUCAACUAUAAGGGUAUGGGCAACUACAGAGUACAAUAUACGAAGGAGCAAUAUGAACAACUCAUCAAAAAUUUCGAUGAACUGGAUGAAUAUGACCAAGCCAACUUGAUAGAAGAGAGCGUUCAUCUCGUUUCUCAGAAACAGAUCUCAUGCGAUAUUCCUUUGAGGUUCAUGGGAAAAUUGAAGAACCAAAUGCAUGCAUUACCCUCUUUGGUCUCUUUGAGGGCUUUUCCAAAAAUGUUCCGAGCUUUUGGUAGAAAUAAAUCCACGUAUGAAAAACUGAGGAAAUACUUCAUCGAUAUUUUCAAAGAUGUGUAUGAGAAAGCAAAAAAGACAACAGAGGUGGAGAGUGGGCAUUUAAUAAGCUUGGCUCGCUUUAAAGUGUUUCGAGAAAUGUGUCUACCCCCCAUAAGCUACGAGAAAUGUUUGAAAGAUGCUGAGAAUUUUAGGGAAGAAGAUAGUAAAAUUAAUCCAGAAGUCUCUGCAGUUUGGAAAAGGAUGAAGAUGGAUCAAACUAAAUUGAAAGUUGACCUUGCAAAUUACAUUAGUGUGGUUAACAAUUCAACAGAAGAUCAAUCUCGAAAAUUGUAUGUGGAGAAAUGUAUGUCUUGGAUAAAGAGCAAUCUUUGAGGAACACCAAGUUCUUUCUUCAAUUCCUCACCAAUAUGUGAUAUAACACUUGUAUCCAACAAAUAAAAACUAAUAUUCCUCAAUUUUUAAACCUCUCGAAUAAAAUAAAUAACAAUGA